AUGGCUUGUUUAUAUAAACCAUAUCCUUCUAAUACUUCCUCCGCGGUGAAUUUACAUUCACCAAAAAUUGGAAAUCCUACUCCCCUUGGUCUUUCAGCUUUCGCAAUGUCUGUUAUGAUUUCAGCUCUCUAUAAUCUCGAACUGUUCGGUGCUGUACAAUCAAAUGUUAUGGUCAGCGUCUCCCUAUUCACCGGUGGGGUCGUUCAAUUCGCUUCUGGUAUGUGGGAAUUUAAAGUCGGAAACACUUUUGGUGGAACUGGAUUUUCUGCUUUCGGUGGUUUCUGGUUAUCUUAUGGUACUAUCUUGUACUUAUUCAAUACUGCCACUAAUACUGAUCAAUAUCAUAGUACAAUGGGAGUUUUUUGCUUAACAUGGCUAGUUUUUACUUUUAUCUUUACAUUGGCUUGUAUAAGAACAAACUUGGGAGUGUUAUCAGCUUUCGUAUUCUUGACUAUAACAUUUUUAGGUGAAGUGAUCUUCCAUUUCAGUGGUGCAACUAUAUUCAUAAAACUCGCUGGUGUUUUUGGUCUUUUGACUUGUUCUGCCGUAUGGUACUGUUUAGGGGCCGUUCUCUUAACACCUGAUUUGUCUCCAAUUAGUUUACCUCUUUAUGAUUUAUCAGUAAAAGAUAAUUAAUUUUCUUAUAAUUAAUUAAUUAAUAAUGGACUUCAAAAAUCCCACCUAAUUAAUAGACAAAUUCUUUGGAUUUUGGUGUUUUAAUUUAAGGAGUAAAUUUACUUUAUCCAAUUUUUUUUUUC